AUGGCCAGGUCUGCUGCCCUGCUCCUCCUGCUCGCUCUGGGACUCUGCUGCCCUGGGAUUCACGGGCAAAGAUAUGAGCUGACGGUCAGGUUUCGCAACAGCAUCACACACCUCCAGCUGGGACAGAGGCUGGAGAUGGAGUGCCAGACUGACAGGGACAGUGGCACAUUCUGGAUCCGCCAGGACAAGGCUGGGACCCUUCACUUCAUUGUCUUCAUCUCUUCCCUGUCCCGAGUCACCUUUGAGGGCAAUCAGAAGACAUCCCCACGCUUCGAGGCAAGCAGAGACAACAGCUUCUAUCGGUUGGUAGUGAAAUCUUUCACACCACAGGACCAGGGGAAAUAUUUCUGCCUCAUGAUCAACAACCAAAUGAUGUACUUCAGCCCUGGCCAGCCUGUCUUCUUCCCAGUCACCACCACACCAGAACCCAUGGCACCAGAACCCACCACCCAGCGUGGCAUCACUGAAAAGGACCCCUACCUGAAGACCCCGGAUCCAGAUUCCAGCAUGGAGAAGAAGCUGAUGAUGUUCUGUGAUAUCAUGAUCUGGGCUCCCUUGGCAGCCUCCUGCCUCCUGCUCCUCAUUGCCCUCACCAUCACCAUCGUUCUGUGUCAACAAACGAGAAGACGAAGAUGCAGGUGUAAGAGACCUGCGAAUGGGAAGCCCCACACAAAACCCAUCAUGCCAAGCCCACAU